AUGAUUGUGCCAGUCAGCAAAGAUCCAUUUUCGACUCUCAGAGAGGCUUACACUUCUCGUCUGGACGGGUGGAAGGAACAGGGGAAUGUGCUUGGAAGAUCGCAGCUAAAGCUUCUUCGAAUGUUUGUCAACUGGAUUUUUCAAUCAAGCGGCGAGGAAUCAUUCAUUCUAAGUCAUUCAGAUCCCAAUAUCUUGAACUUCCUUAUUUUAGAAGACGGUUCUGUACGGACAACCCGCGAUUUGGACGGCUCGCGAGCCAUGCCGCCAAGUCUAGGGAGUGAGUCUUAUCCGCUAUGGCUGAUGCGCGACUGGGAUCCGACCAGAUGGAACAGGGAAUCUAUGGUGGGAAUCAUGUUUGGGAAAACUCACCGGACACAAUGGGGGUUCUAUCGCAUUGAUGCGCAAUGUAUCGGAAAUCUGCUGCCAGAAAGCGAGAACGCCAGAGUGACCCGCAAUCCCCUGCUCUUCAACUUCAGGCAUCUACGGAUGGCAGCGGUAGAAUCAAUAUGUAACAGAGGCAUUACCACAAAGGUCCUUGGUGAGGUUAGGAAGCAAAUGAAGAACCUAGAUAACAGCCCGCCAUUCAACUUAUCCAGCAAUAAUAGAAAGGACGAAAACCAUAACGAAAAUCAUAAACCUUCCAAAAAGAAUGCGAUAGCCGAUCACAAUUCACCCGAGACCGACGAUAAAUCCGAACAUAGUUGUAUUGAAGCAGACAUUGGCGAAAAAGAGGACGAAGCUUUCUAUAUUGAUGAGAUGCUCCUGGAUUUAUGA